UGACGUACAGGCAUACUACAGCACGGCGACGCUUAACAUCCGGGGUAUUUUGGCGAGAUGGUCAUGGCGGAGGGUACUGCAGUUCUCAGGAGGAAUCGUCCGGGGACAAAAGCCCAGGAUUUCUACAACUGGCCAGAUGAGUCUUUCGAGGAAAUGGACAGCACCCUGGCUGUUCAACAGUACAUACAGCAGAACAUUCGAUCAGACUGUUCCAACAUUGACAAGAUCCUGGACCCCCCUGAGGGACAAGAUGAAGGUGUCUGGAAGUAUGAACACCUCAGACAGUUCUGUCUGGAGCUGAAUGGCCUGGCUGUGAAACUGCAGAGCGAGUGUCAUCCAGACACCUGCACCCAGAUGACGGCUACAGAGCAGUGGAUCUUCCUGUGUGCCGCUCACAAGACUCCCAAAGAGUGUCCCGCAAUUGAUUACACCAGGCACACCCUAGAUGGCGCUGCCUGCCUUCUCAACAGCAACAAGUAUUUUCCUAGCCGAGUCAGCAUUAAAGAGUCGUCGGUCGCUAAGCUGGGCUCAGUGUGCCGCCGUAUCUACCGGAUAUUCUCCCACGCCUAUUUCCACCACAGGCAAAUAUUCGACAAGUAUGAGAAUGAGACUUUCCUCUGUCACCGGUUCACACGCUUCGUGAUGAAGUACAAUCUCAUGUCCAAGGAUAACCUGAUCGUUCCCAUCUUGGAAGAGGAGGUGCAGAACGCAGCCGCGGGGGAGAGUGAGGCUUGAGCAGUGGCUCGCCACUUGCCAACUGUACACUACAACAUGCACACACCGACGUAACAUACCUAAACCAUAACAGUGUCAUGAGAAAUCCGUGGCACAAAAAAAAGCCUUUUCAGCUAACAUGAUGCUGAGGCCAUUGCUAUAGCCUUGGAAACUGGGAGCAUUUCGGUGUUACAAAACACGAGAGUGUUGUGUGUCUGUGGGUUAUACAUAUGAGGGUUAACGUUCUGAUUAAAAUAAAAAUAAAAAACUUGUAUAUACUGCCUUCCCCUCUGGGAAGGAAAAAAGAUGUCCUGUUGAUAGCUGCUUCUUCUGGACUUGGUCUGACUUCUGUCCUGCUUUCCUGCCCCACCUAGGCAGGCAUGCUGCCUCUUCAUCUGUCUGCCAUUUUUAAAUUAUUGUGUGGGUUGCAACAGCUUGUCUGCCAUGUGAUUUUUUUUCUUUCUUUUUUUUUUAACGAACUAAAGUUUUAUUAUUAUUUUCCGUAUAU